AUUCAGCGCUUCUUAUGUGUAUGCAUGCAUAUAUAUAAAGGCUUGUUAGAUCAAUUUCGUGUUUACGCAACUUUAUCAUUCAUAUGUUUCUUUCGGUGAAAUGGUCUAUUUCAUAGGACUAUCAGAAGAGGUAUGUGUACCCCUUACGGGUUAGGGGCUCAAGAAUUUACCCGCGGGAAGGCAUGUCUGUCGUAAGAGGCGACUAAUUUUACGGUUACAACAACAACAUUAAUUGGCAUUGGCAUCUUAAUGGUUUGAUAAUUACGAAAAAUACCUAUAAAAAUAUGUAAUAACCGAAAGAAAAAAGUGUGGAAAUGGACGGAGACAAAUAUAAGCGUCAUGAUAAAUUGUUGUUGUAUAACUUGCUGGCUAAUUUUUACUGGAUCCUGUUCAGUGAAACCGCAGUAAAUUUCUCUUCGUGGGAAAGUAAAACCUCUCUCUCUCAGUUUCGUUAUUGGUUGAUUCUUCCCAGGGCGAAUUUGCAAUUUUCCCUCCAAACUAAUUGCCGCGCUGCCUCGCUGCAAAUUUUAUUGGCACUUUGCCUCACCGAACGCGAACCAAUAAAAAUUAGUAAUAAGUAUUGCCCAACAGCUCGCCGCACACACUCGUAGAGGAACAAACCUGCUGUAUAGUCCACAGAGAAAACAGCUGUUUUCUUUGGCGCGACUUUAAAAGAAAUUACUGAUAACAGAAAAUUCUUCAUUUGUUUAAUGAAACUUUCAAAUUAGUAUCUUUAGCAUGAAAAAUGAGUUAUGAAAUAAAUGAGAGUUUAAAAAUUGUUUAUCAGGCUAUAGAGAAGAGAUGCGGAAAGCCAAUACUAUUUGAUCGUUCUGAUUUGAAAAUUUUACUCCAAAGUUUAAAUCCAGUUGAACAGCUACUUGUUGCGAGGCAUUUUUGUAAAUUGCCAUGGAAUAUAGGUAGUUUGCGUGUCUUAGCUGUCUUACAAUCAGCUAAUGUACUUACAGCAAGUAACUAUAUUAGAAGUCAAGAGAAUAUCGAAGAAGUGCAGUUGCAGCUGAAUGACUUUCUUGAAGCUGAAUUUGAAUUAAUAAAAGAAUUAUUUACUAUCGCACAUUACGAUAGUAGUAAUGCCAUAAGUUUAAACGAUGCGCUUGAGGAGUGUCUCAGUAGACUUUAUAUAGAUUUAAUAGAAAAUCCUAAUAUAAAUGAUUUAAAAUAUAUUGACACCAUUACAGAUAAUAUGCCAAAGGAUUUUAAAAUCAGUUUGGCUCAGAGGCACAUACGGGUUUGCUUAGAUCUACACAAUAGCGAUACUAAGACGGCUUUUGCUAAAUUCACGACUUGGAUAAAUGAAGGUGUGGAUGAUAUACAAUUUACAAAAGUUUUGUAUGACAAAUUAUUUAAAGAUUAUGAAGAAGAGUCAGUUUCUUACCUCUUCAAGCUUUCUACACAGGAAAAUUUUAAUCAGUGGAAAUUUUACUUUAUUUUGUUACAAACAAUUUCGAGUAAAUGUGCGCAUGAAAGUUCCAGUUUCAUUCGAAAAUAUUUUAAAACCCGCCUUAGUCAAAUUGCUGCAUUUCCUAAGCGCGAAGAUAUGCUUCAUUUAUUACUUUCGGUUCGCGCUGCAACUGCUACAACAAUGGAUAUUGAUCAGAAUAUUACCGCUUAUGGCAACUGGUACAAACAAAAUAUUAGUGAUAUGAAAUUCGUUUUUAAGGUAGAGGAAUUUAAAUCAAUAGUUGACCUUUUAGACCAAUGUAUUCCUUAUGAAGACGUUGAGGACUAUUUAGAGAUUCAUGCUACAUUUUCGAUAUCACCGCUGGUGCAUUGCGGCAAACUGGUUCAAAGUUUUAGAUCUAAAUGUAAACUGCAUUUGGCAAAAAUAAAGUCAAAGAAGAGAGGUGACGCUGAGAGUAUAGUUAUUGAUUCUGAUUGAAUAAAAAAUCAU